AGUGUUGUUUUCGUUUAGUGUUUAGUGUUCAACUCAUUUUUUAAAACCACAUUAUUAUUUUAUUACAUAAAUAUUUUAAAUAGGUACAUUUUUAAUCGUGAAAAACAAAGUUUGCCGCAGUGCCGUUACUAUUUUUCCUUUAGAAAAUGUUGUUUUAUGAAUAGAGAACUACAGAUAUCUUACAAAAGAAGAAUCUCUAAGCUCGAUUUGUGUUUAUAUCUAUCGGAACAAGAGCUGUUACGAUGAGUCUGUUCAAGACUUUGUUGCCAUUGGCUACUAAUAAUGCAAAGACGGCAGUAAGAAGUAGUGGAAAUUCGUCACUUCGACCGCUGCUCUCCUGCGCGCCGGUUGCAAUGGUGGGUUUCGACCGCGGCGCACACAGCCAGGACAUCACCAAAAACAUCCAGUACAUCACUAACGACAAGGUCAAGCUCACCACUGAUCCAAAUACCUUAAAGUUGGACAAGCAGUUGAAUAGACCGAUCUGUAUCAUGAUAAACUGGCUGCUGGCGCGUCAGAAGCACGUGAUGAAGUACGCAUCGCUGUAUUUGAACCAGGGCUUCGACGUGAUCUCCGUGUCCUGCACUCCCUGGCAGCUCAUCUGGCCUAUUAAGGGCUCUCAGUUGGUAGCGGCUGAUCUGGUAAAGUUGAUGUCCGCGAACGAGAACGGGCAGCCAAUGGUGGUGCACGGGUUUUCAGUGGGGGGAUACAUUUGGGGCGAGGUGUGCGCGCAGAUCAUGAAGAAUAGAGAAUUAUACCAACCGGUGGUGGACCGCAUCACGGCGCAAGUUUGGGACUCCGCGGCUGACAUAACCGAGAUCACGGUGGGAGUGCCUAUGGCCGUAUUCCCCAAGAACAAUAUCAUGCAGAAAACGCUCAAGGCGUACAUGGAAUACCAUUUGAAGACGUUCCAUGACGUAGCGACUACUCACUACAUCCGCUCAUCGCAGCUGUUCCACACGAACCUGUGCAGAGCGCCGGCUCUGUUCCUGCUGUCCCAAAGCGACCCAGUGGGCGCUGAGAGUAGUAACCGAGCGGUUUACGAUUCCUGGUGCAAGAUGGGCAUUAAGUGCACAUGGCAAUGCUGGGACCGCUCACCGCACGUACAACAUUUUAUAAAGCACCGAGAGGAAUACUUGGAACUACUGAUGGCUCACCUUCGCGAACAUGCUCUGAAAACGCAGAAGUCACGGGCUCACGCCUAAAACUCCCGUAAAACGUCCUGCUGUACACCGUAAUGACGGCCCAAAUACUAACAAUCUCUUGGAAUUGAAGUAUCCUACGUAACCCUGAAGCCAGUUACACAGAACUUUCCAAAUAAUGAAAUCAAAUGCGUAAAAAUAUUAUGCUCAGUGAAAUAUGGAAACUUGAUUAUAUUUUGGGGUAAGAAAAGGUAUACUUUACUCAUAUUAUACAACUUGUGGGUUGAAUUUUUACUAAACCUAAUUAUUUUAGAGAAUAGAAAACUUUAGUAGAAUAGAAUUGUAAGUAGAUUAAAUUAAAAUUAAACCAUUUUCUCGAUGUAACAGCCUCCCGGAAGCCCUAGCAGUAUAUCGUAGACAAUGACUAUUAUCGUUUUAAGAUAUUUUUAAGUAGAAUAUAAUAUGUCGAUCGUGGUUUUAGUUAUUUCAUAGUAUGUUGCAAAAUAAUAAAAUUAUGAGUUUGUCCUUUUUUAACAGCAAUUCGAUUUUUUUGAUGAGACCAGACAUGUGGCUUGCGGUAGUUCAGCAGUGAUGGCUUGGAGUAAUUAGCAAAUGUCUUAUUAUAGUAGUACAAUGAUAAAAAAGAGAGGCAGCCAUAAGGACCGCCGACAGAAGUGAAAAUUCAAUAAUAUAUGCCCAUACAUGUACACAGGCUGCUAUUAUACUCGUCGCUAUUAUAGCGUCUGGCUUGCGUGACGUAUUGCACUUGCCCGCAAUACGUCACGAACGUGUCAACACGAGUCACGAGCAUGUCGAGGUCAUCAGUGAUGCGAACCCAUAAGUUUUUUCGCUACCAAAAAUCUCUAAAGAUGUUUUAUGUCAAUAAAUAGUUGUAUUUUAAAUAGGGAAACCAAAAUACGGUCUCAGAUUUUAUUGUAUGCUGGUAAAAUGUGUAAAGACUAACUCAAAUGUUUAUUACACAAUUGUAUUUGUAGGUUAUUGCUAAAGUUAAUUUAUUAUUAAAUCAAAAUGAAAAUCCGUCAAAAAUAUUUCAAUGAACUAUAAGGUAAGUGAGGGUAAUAUUAUAGUCACCUUAAGUUUUGCCGCCCUAUAAAACCAAAACUAGAAAAAGGACAGAGACAAAAACACAAUGUCGUAUACUAUAACUAAUAUAUUAGGAAAAAAAAUAGCAAACAAGCGUUGGCAAUAAUUAGAAACACUGGGAAAUCAACAAAAAAAAAAUAACUGUAAUACACAACACUAAAAUCGAAUAAAAUGUUUACAAUAAUUUCAACUGUCAAAAUGGCGUUGAUAAAGCAGCGUCCUUUUGAUCCUUUAUUAUUUGAUUGACUGAUGAAGAGCUAUCGUAUCACACAGCCAUCUAUGCAAACAAGGCUGUAAUAGUUUUUGAGUUAUAAGAAAGUGAACAUAUUAAUCGGAUGACCAUAUUACACUCACGUACUUUAAUUAUAUAUAUUUUUAUAUACUGAAGUAACAAACGAACCUAUAUAUAAAAAAUAUACCUAAGGCCUUGGAAAUCAUUUAAAAAUAAAUUGGAAUAAUUUCUUAAUUUUUAUGAGGUUUUUUUUCUUGUUCUUCUGUAAAUUGUUCGUAACAUGGUAGAGACAUUUCUACGUGGUAGAGCUACGCUUCAGCUAUAUUGUGGUUGUAACACCAGUGAUUUGGUUCGACCGGGGAAGCACCACGCUCUCAUAGAAUACCAGCCUAAAAUUUAAAUAGCAGCUUAAUGUUACUGUGUUUUGUAUGAUGAUUGUAGAGAACCGGAGAUCCUUUUUACUGGAAACGAGGCAUUCCAUCCUAGUCCUCUCGGGUGCCAACGCAUCUGCAUUUUGAUUCGUAAUCGAAGAUAGAUGUAGAUGUUUAUUCGCCAAAGCAUAGUCUUAGCGUCAGGUGGACUGUGUGCUAGUUUGUUAUCAUUUUUCUAUAAAAUAAAAGUUUAAGAUUUUUAGAUAUAUUAUAUAUUUAUAAAACAGAAAUAAGAGUGCCUUAUGACACAGACACAUUGUUCUUUCAAGCUCUUGAAGAUUAAAGUAAAUAUUGAUUUAUAUAUUGUAAUUUUAAUCGUUAGUCCUUGUUCACCCAAACUCGUUAUAUUCACCCAAAAGUUUUAUUGUUAUUAGAAAUGCGCAAAACAACAUUUUUCAGGAGAUCUUGACUCAUUCGGCCAUUAUAGCCAUCAAAAGUCUACUGUUAAUCAUAGGCCUCCUCCAUUGAUUGUCUUAUAGGGGAAUAUUUGCCAUAUUGCCACGCUUGGCAGGCAGUUUGGCAACCACAGUUUUUUUUAUAUUUAGAGUUAUCAGGAAGAUGUCGCCGUCUAUAUCCUGGCCCAUUUCCCUCUGUCGCCUCUUCAUCAUGAGAUGACAUGAAUAGAAUAGAAUAUAAUGAUUUUUAUUGAAUACUAACGAUCCGCCCCGGCUUCGCACGGGUAAAUUCUGGAUCUUGACAACAGCGUCACCUGCCGAGUCCAAAUGUGAAUCUAAACCCUCUAGGAACCCUUUGAACACACACAAACAAUUUCAUCAAAAUCGGUCUAGCCGUUUUUAAAUUUUAGCAAGAUUUAGCAAGACAGGUAUUGAUGUUUAUAUACAGGGUUGUUUUUCAAAGAGUAGCCAAAUUUUAAACUUAAUUUCAAAUAUAAAUAAUGAUAUACCGUUAUUGCAGUUUGUAAAAAUUCGAGUAAUUCGGGCUUCUACUUUUAUUUGGAAUUUAUGGGCAACACCGUUUUUGUCUACCGAUCGACCCUUACGAAUGUGUGCGUGCGCAGUAAAAUCAGUC